AUGACUGACAUUCAAAAGCAAGAUCGACGUGACGAGCUGGUGGCACGUCUAAACGCACUAGCCUCUCGCAAAGAAGCCUUGCGAGCUGCCCUUGAGGCAAAUCUGACAGCGAUGAAAACUAUCAGCCACAAACUCAGCCUCCUAUGGACUCCCACCCACGACAACGGGCUCUCGACUGCGAGUCAAGUCCCAGAAUUGGUUCUCAUUCAAGAAGAGUUGAGGGCACAAGAAGUACAAUUGACCGCGGAUUAUCACCACGCUCGCUCACAAUGCAUGGAGGUCGAACUGCUGCUCAAUCAGCUUGAUAGACACAAUUGA